AUGGCGACUGCUUCGCUGACUACUCCUAAGAAGAGCCACCAUGGUCUUUUUUCUUCCAAGACCGCUGGUGGACGCAUGCCCUUGACUCCAUCUCCAAACACUGCUCGCGUCAGUGCUGUGACCUCCAAGCCAUCUGAAAUUGAUUCCCCUUUCACUCCUCCGCGUCCAUCCGAGUCGGGCAAAUCCCAGUCUCAAUCUGUCUACGGAGGAAACCUUUCUUCUCACUUUGCCAAGUCCUCAGUCAAACCCACAAAGGCUUCUUCCAAGCCGUCUACAAAGCCAUCUGUCAAGUCUUCAAGCUCCAGCUCAAGUUUGUCAAAGUCAUCAGUCUCGUCAAAGUCAUCAGUCUUGUCAAAGCCAUCAGUCUCGUCAAAGUCAUCAGUCUCGUCAAAGUCAUCGGUCUCUUCAAAGACAUCAGCCUCAUCAAAGCCAUCAGCCCCCUCCAAGUCGACGAUCGCCAAGUCUACUCGGUCCGCCCACCGGGACUCCCCUAAAUCUAACAUCGCUCGAAGCCGCAGAUCGCCAAAGCACCUGGAACUGGGCGUCUCCGAUUGGUCUUUGACUGGUACUGGACCUAGCUCUACACAAUCUCCGUCUAAGGAGCGUCCUCGUCGUGAAGUAUCUACUCGUUCAAGAUCCUCAAAGACGACUAUUCGCAUUUCUCACAACGCCGGCGACCGGUUCAUUCCCAGCCGCACCGCGAGUGAAGGUCUUAUGACCACAGGUGCAGCCAAGCCUGAAGAAGGACAGCGCCCGAAGACCAGUAGCAACGAGAGCUCAAGUGUUCUUGUCUCUGCUGCUAGCGCCUUUGACAUCGGCGGAGGACGUGGCGGCGGCGCUGAGGACGCACUUACUGCUGCUAUGGAAAACAUGGGUUUGGAAGACAGCGAACCCACUAGCUACACCCGCCCUGCGCCCGAUGCAGUGGCUUACGAGUCAUCACUCGCAAACGCUUGUGGUGUGAACUUGAACACUCGUAUCCUUGCAUUCAAGCCCCCGCCCCCAGAGGCCUCUAAGCCUAUUGACCUUCGUGCCCAGUACAACCGACCUCUCCGCUCUUCUAAGACUCAAUCUGCGCAGUUCCGUCGCCGGAUCCAGACUGCUCCCGAGCGUGUCUUGGAUGCCCCUGGUUUGGUGGAUGACUAUUACCUGAACCUGUUGGACUGGAGCUCUGGUAACCAGGUUGCCAUUGGUCUGGAGCGAAACGUCUAUGUAUGGUCUGCCGAAUCUGGUACUGUGAGCUGUCUUCUAGAGGCUCCUGCCGAUACCUACGUGAGCAGCGUGAAGUGGAGUGGUGACGGCGCCUACGUUGGUGUUGGCCUCGGUACUGGUGAGAUUCAAAUCUGGGAUGUCGAGGAAGGCAGUAAGCUCCGCAGCAUGUUCGGCCACGAGUCCAGAGUCGGUGUCAUGGGAUGGUCUAAGCACACUCUGUCCACUGGUGCCCGGAGUGGUCUUGUUUUCAACCACGAUGUUCGCAUUGCCGAGCACAAGGUUGCUGAGCUUGUCUCUCACACAUCCGAAGUCUGCGGUCUCGAGUGGCGUUCAGAUGGUGCCCAGCUUGCCACUGGUGGCAACGAUAAUUUGGUCAACAUCUGGGAUGCUCGCUCUCUCAGUGCUCCCAAGUUUACUAAGACCAACCACCGUGCUGCCGUCAAGGCUCUUAGUUGGUGCCCGUGGCAAACAAAUCUGUUGGCCACAGGCGGUGGUUCCUAUGACCGUCACAUCCACUUCUGGAACACAACCACUGGUGCUCGCACAAACAGCAUUGACACUGGCUCUCAAGUCACUAGCCUCCGGUGGAGCAACCACUACCGUGAGAUUGUCAGCUCAAGCGGCUUCCCCGAUAACUCCCUCAGUAUCUGGAGCUACCCGACUCUGGUUCGCCAAGUCGAGAUCCCGGCUCACGAGACCCGUGUCUUGCACAGCAGUCUGAGUCCUGAUGGACAAAUGCUGGCCACUGCGGCCGCUGAUGAGAGCUUGAAGUUCUGGAAGGUGUUUGAGCGCAAGGCUGGAACCAGUGCCUCUGCCUCUCGGGACGGUCAUGUUGACAGCAAGGCUCAGUUGACCAAGUCGAUGACCAUCCGUUAA